ACUGAGCUCGUCCGGCUCCAGCUCCAGGGCCGAGCGUGACCCGCCAGCAGCCCCCGCCCCCGGGGCGCUUUCCCCUGAGGCCGGGCUCGGCCUCCUUCUGUCCCGGGGGCAGCCCAGCCGAGCCCCGCCCCGCCCCGCGUGCCACGGGGCGAGUCCCCGGGCGCGGGAACCCCGCCCCCGCCGCUCUCGCGCGCGCGACCGGAAGUGGCGGCUGACCCGGAAGUGGCGGCGCAGGGCGAUGGCGGAGAAGUUCGACUCGCUGGAGGAGCAGCUGGAGAAGUUCGUGGAGAACAUCCGGCAGCUCGGCAUCAUCGUCAGCGACUUCCAGCCCAGCAGCCAGGCCGGGCUCAACCAGAAGCUGAAUUUUAUGGUUACAGGCUUGCAAGAUAUUGACAAGUGCCGACAGCAACUUCACGAUAUAAGCGUACCUUUAGAGGUUUUUGAAUACAUAGAUCAAGGCCGUAAUCCCCAGCUUUACACUAAAGAGUGUUUGGAAAGGGCUUUGGCUAAAAAUGAACAAGUAAAAGGCAAAAUUGACACAAUGAAGAAAUUUAAAAGCCUAUUGAUUCAAGAGCUGACUAAAGUCUUCCCAGAGGACAUGGCCAAGUACAAAGCUAUUCGAGGAGAAGAACCUCCUCCUUAAGACUGCCUUUGGUGCUGUACUUCCAUGUAACUUUAUCAACCACAACCAAAACCCCCCCUUCAGUACUGUGAAUGGAAGGACAGGUGGCUGAGGAUGGGAAAAAUUGAAUUUUCAAGGAUGGCCUCCCAGCAGUGCUUUAUAUUUUGUACAGCAUUUGAUGCAGAACAAAUCUUUUAUUAAGUGUAUUGCGUUUUCUUUGGGCAAAAUAUAUAAUAAACACUUUGAAGUGAAUUUUGUAGCUAGUUCUUCUAGUAUGUUUUUGUUCCAUACCAUCCCAAUAUAUUUUUCAAGAAAAUAAUAGAGAAAGCUUGUACAAAUUAGCACAAGGCUCAGAAUAAUAGAAAUCAUGUUAGCAUAUUUAAGUCUUUUGAGAAGUCAUAGAUUAAUUAGACUGAAUUAUACCUGAAAAUAACUUGUUACUUGGGAUAAUCUUUGUUUUUAAUAAAAAAAUUUAAAAUGCUCUCAUGGUAGGCAACUUUCUUGAUUACAGUGGUAUGCGUUUUAAGUGGUUCCAACUAGGUUUUGAAACUAAUUUCAUUUUGAGAUUAAUAGGUCAUGUAGUUAUAUGUUCACAGCU